CAGUGUAUAUUAUGUUUUGUGCAUAUAUAAUUUGAAAACUGAAGAAUCAAAGUGACCAUGGACAUCUUAAAUUCCAUUCAACAACUCGAUGGCAAAUCCUUAGGCGACAGGUACAAAUUAAUUAACCAAAUCACUAAAGAAGUCUCCAACUCAACCUAUGAUAAUCAACAAAAAAUCACAAUUCUAAAUUCGUUCCAACCCAAAGACAAUUUAGAAAAAAAGUUAUGGGCAAAACUAUUGACCACAUUCGAAAUCAAAGAUAUAUUCCUGCAGAAACUACAAUCCGAAGACAAUGAGUUGAUCCAAUUGAUGUUCAAAGAUUCCAAAUGGUUCUUCACAAAACACAAACCGACUUUCGAUAAAAUAUUAAACCAAGUUUUCCCUAAUAUUUCAACAAGUUUAAGAAUCAAAUUUUUGUAUCUUGUAUCCGAGUAUUAUGAUCAAAACGAGUUGGAUGCAUUUUUUGUGAUUCUACGCGCCCAAUACAAUUUAAAAUGGGCUUUUUAUAUUUUGCCCAAGUGCAGUGAUGAUUGCAUCACCAAAUUGAUCACCGAAGACAAUGUUAAAGUUACUGAGAAGUUUCUGUUAAAACUAUAUUAUACACGUCCAGAAAUUGUUGUAAAGUUUUUACAAUAUUUACUGCAAAGCAAAACUUUGUGCAAUAAUGUCAAUGAUUACAAAAGUGUCAUCAAGAAGUUGGCAUGGAACCAGCCUGAUGUGUUCUUCGAAAUGUACCACAAGUCUGAUGUGUUGAAACCAGAUCAGUUUGGUGCCUUGACGACUAAAAAAUUGUUGCAAACAAAUAAACAGUACGUUUUGGAUAAACCCAAACACUAUUUACACAUUUUGCAUCCACGACAGACACAUGCAAGUAUGAAAUAUUCGGAAUAUCGUCAGUUUUAUCUAGGGCUUUGUCCAGAACUUGAGGAUGAUUUUGUUGAAGACUUCAAUAACCAAGGUGAUAUGCAUAAGUUGUUGAUACUUGUUAAGAAGAACGCCGCACAAUUUUUGUUUGAUGUUUACAAAACCAAGUACAAACGCGAUGUUUUGGAUAACGAUGAUAUGAUAACCGAGUUGUUGAUGAAAUCUUUACCUGUGGACUUGAAGGCUAAGUGUGCUGCUGCAAAGAUUGACAAUAUGACAAAGUACGAAGACGAAUGGGAAAAGUGGUAUUGUUACCUGAAACCUGCAAUUGCAAUUCCUAAAUUCAAGGAGUUUAUUUAUGUCACCAACGAUGGAGGCCAACGUCUAAGAUUCAUCCAGUACAUGAUAAGGUGUUGUGGACAAAACGAGGACCAUCUGGCUCUUGUCCAAGUGUUGAAGUACAUAAACGAAAGACACAGAAACGAAGAUUCCAAGUUCAAAAACAAAGUGUUGAAGGAGACUUGCCAAUGUUUCGACAUUCAGAAAUUUCAAAUCGACGUGUGGAAUUGCUUGGACGAAAUCAUAAGUGUUAUAAACAUCGGAGAUGAAUGGAGGUACAUGUCCCGUGGCGAAUGGGCAAAAAAAGUCAUAGAGGAACGUUUACGUUACAAUUUAAAAAAUAAUUUAACCAUCGACGAACACAUUGGAUAUCUGCUCAAAUAUAUUAAAGCUACUUAUUUUUAUCGCUACAACAUUCUGCAAGACAAUGCUGAAUAUGAAAAAACAUGCUUAGAUCAUAUUGCCAACAUGUUGCCCACUAUCAAAGACUUUAAUGCAACUAGUGAAGUACAAAAUUUGAUAUAUUCCAUCGGUGAAUUCAAUCAAAAGCACCCCAAAGAUAAAAUGACUGUCAUAAAGUACCAAUGGGUGGUUGAUCAUAUAAAAAAACUUGUCGAAGACAAAGAGGAAUUUGAUAUUGAUUCAAUUCGAUGCGGUAUGACAGACGAUGAUGAAGCUUUAGAAUAUUUUAAAAAUAUAAUUCCGCGAAAGGUUGAUAUCAGUAUAUAUGAUUUGCAUAAGUAUAUUAAAAAGCCUGAAGAUAUUUUUGAGUGUUUAGAAAGCAUUAUUGAUAAAGGCUUGGAACGAUAUUAUAUAAGUAUGUUUAUAACAAAUGUCAAGAAUAGAAAAUUUAUUUAUAUACCUGAGAUGCGUGAAAAGAUUUUGCAAGCUUGUUUGGAUAAGUUCAAAAACGCUGAAAAACCUAAAAUUAGAUCAAACGCUUUAAAAGUUUUAUCACUAUUAGUCGACUCGCAAACGUUCUACGAACUUGCCAAACCAUUUUAUCCAAUUGAGAAGAAAAUUGAUGUAAAAACCCAAGAUGAGUACACAUACUCGAUACAGCAAGCAAUCGGUGCCAGUUUGUCUAGAUACCCAGGACCUGAAGAAACUUUUGAGGCUCUUCGAAUAUUUUCCAGAGGAGACUUUUUAAAAUUGACUUUAGGAUCAUUGACAAGUGUGUGCUUCAAAACAAAUCAAACAAAAGCUUUGAAAUUCCUCAACGACAACUUUGAUCAACCUGUGUCUGCAAAGAAACACAUAAUAAGACUCAUCAAUGCCAUCGGUACCAAAAAAGUUGUUUUGAAAAUGCUAAAACAACUCUGGGACAGUGAAAAGCAUCCUUCUAUCCGUAAUGUUUUAAUAACGUCUGUUUUUAAUUGGUUUGCAAGUGAUCCCGAUAUGGAAAUAUGGAAUUUGUUGAAAUCUAUAUUUUUAGAUCUGACGACCAAGGAUAAAGAUAUAUUCACCAUGCUUCUGAGUUUCGACCAAGUCGACAAGGAUUAUUUAAAGGAACAUAUUGAACUUUGUUGGAAGACCGUCAACAAUUUGGAGUCGCAGGAUAAAAUCAAUUUGGAUGAUGAGAAGUCUAAAAUUCUGCAACGCGUAACGAAGAAUAUUAACAAUUUAGAUGAAAAUUUUAUAAACAAAUUACUCCCACGGUGUUUCAACACGUCUUACUCACGUCAAGUGCAAAGUUCUUUCAUCACGUUAAUGACAGUGUAUAUUGUAGAAGCUAAAUUUGAUUUAAACAAAAAAAUGAAACAGUUUAAGGAUAUUUUAAAACAGUACGUGGAUGAAAAUUGGUGGAAACCAAACCCAAAAAAUCCUUUAGAGUAUCCAUCCAGAGUAAUGAUAUUCGACUUCAUCACCACUUUAUGUCAAAGUGCGGUUUUGAACAAACAACAGUCUGAUAAUUUACAAAGUUUCGAAAAAGGACUAACAGAAAUUCUGUCUAUAUUCGAACCAACACAAAUCUACAGCAAUUACUUGGAAUUAAAACUUACACAUUUAUAUUUGCAAUCCGAGGACGCAAAUGAAUUUAUUGGUAAAAUAAAAACAAAUUUCAUCGACGUCGAAAUAGAACAAUAUGGCACCGAUGUUCUAUCACAUUUAACAACAGCUCUGUCUACCUUUUUGAGCUCACAUGAAUCAGAAAAUAGUGACAAAUAUUGUUUGCAAGCCGCCCUAAAACUUGUCGAAGGUGAUCCUGCUCCUUAUCACCAACUUGGAGCAAUUCAACUGCUC